CAACAGAGAGAUGGUGAAGAUGGCGGAGGUGGCAGUGAUCGGGGAGGAUUUCGUGCGGUCACGGCGGCGAUAAGACCGGGACCUCAAAGCCCUACUCUCUCUCGGCCAUCCCUUUUCUUCUCCCUCUCUUUUCGUAUAAAAUCUUCCUUCAAUCUUUAAACCCACGGGGCCUUCGGAGUUCGGAGGGGGCUUAAUUUUUCAAACCAGCCAUCGAUUCCGAUUCACGCCAACGGAGGGAGUGGCCAGUCGGAGUGGGAUUGGGGUUCUUCACAUUAUCAUUCUGAGCUUCUCCAGAUUCACUCACUCCUUUGAUUUUCCAAUAUGGAUAGGUACCAGAGAGUGGAGAAGCCCAAGUCAGAGAAUACUCCUAUAAACGAGAAUGAGAUUCGCAUUACUACCCAAGGAAGGAUGAGGAACUACAUUACUUAUGCCACCACUCUUCUCCAGGAGAAAGGGUCAAACGAGAUUGUUGUCAAGGGAAUGGGCAGAGCUAUCAAUAAGACUGUAAUGAUAGCUGAACUAAUUAAGAGAAGGAUUGCUGGUCUCCAUCAGAACACUGCAAUUGGAUCCACUGAUAUAACUGACAUGUGGGAGCCACUCGAAGAAGGCCUUCUUCCUCUAGAGACUACUCGACAUGUUUCUAUGGUGUCAAUUACCUUGUCCAAGAAGGAGCUAGAUACAUCUUCGACAGGAUACCAGCCUCCGCUUCCAGUUGACCAAGUGAAACCAUGGAAUGAAUUUGAAGAUGAAGGAGAGGGAUCACCUAGGAUACGAGGCAGGGGACGUGGUAGGGGUAGAGGCAGGGGUAGAGGGAACUACAAUGGUCCAUCUGAGUAUCAGGGAGAUGGAUGGGAUGGUGGGCGAGGUUUUGGUGCUAGAGGUCGAGGACGUGGAAGAGGUCGUGCAUUUCGUGGAAGGGGACGUGGUUAUGGUCGUCAAUCAGGUGGAUAUUAUGAUUAUGGUGAACCUAUGGCACCACCAGUCCCUGGCCGAGGCUUUGCAGCGGGGCGUGGUCGUGGCAGGGGGAGGGCUCGUGGUCGUGGUGGUUAUUAUCGAUCAGAUGGACCGGUGCAAGCAGCCGCUGCUUGAGAAGCGAAUGCCGAUCAACGUGGUUGCAUUUUGCCGAUGGCCUCGAUAUUUUAUAGUUUGGAUGCCCUUUUUUAUUUUCAAGUUGGUAAAUUGCCGCCAUGGAGGUAGGAGUUUUAGUUUCUGUAGUUUGAGGUAGGAAGAUUUUCCAUAGCUCCUAAUUUUAACUUCAAGUACGUACGUCCGAGGCAAAUGGCUGUAAAUUAUUUUUCUUAUAUUCUCUUUUCCAUAGGAAGUAGUGUAGCAGUACAUUCUUUCAUUCUUAAGUGGAUUUACAACUUUUGCUCUUAUUUUAUGACAAUAAAAAUCAUUAUGUAGAGUUGCAUCAA